UUCUGCGUGCUCCGCACUUCUGUGUCUAGAGCGUGAGCGCACUUUACUGGUGGGACGUAACAGUUCUCAUACGCUUCUCGACUGCCUUCGAGUUAAGCUAUCCAACACCGGCUUCACUGUGGAGAGGACUUCGGUAUACUUCUGGGACAUUACCACCAUGGAUGCCUUGCGAGCAGUAGCGUUUUAUACGCUAUUUGUUUUCCUUUGGAAUUUACCAUUUUGCCAGUCAGCUGCAAUUAUAUCCUCCUCCGGGGCGAAGAGGAACAAGGGGACCAAAAACCUACAUGAUGGACAAAGGUCACCCAAAUUUCUUAAAGAGGUUUUUGCAUCAUCCCCAGGUCUAAAUCGUCAGGAUGAUUUUAAGAACUCUGUUGUACCGCACGAUUACAUGAUAUCCAUAUACAGGACAUACUCUGCUGCUGAAAAACUGGGUUUAAAUGCAAGUUUUUUCCGAUCGUCAAAGUCUGCGAAUACCAUAACAAGCUUUGUAGACAGGGGAAAAGACGAUCUCCUGCACUCCCCUUUGCGAAGACAAAAAUAUCUGUUUGAUGUUUCAACUCUCUCAGACAAAGAAGAGCUGGUCGGAGCAGAAUUAAGGAUAUUUCGAAAAGUACCGGAGGGUUUCCUUCCGUCUCCGACAGGUCUCUGUAACAUUCAGUUGUUCCAUUGUCGAUCAGGCAGGGCCCUGGAUUCCAGGAGCCUUGAUCUUCAGGAUUCCCAAAAAUCAGGAUGGGAGGUUUUGGACGUUGGGGAAGUGUUUGAAAACAGACAACAUUCAGCUCAAGGGAGCCAGCUUUGUCUCGAGCUCAAGGUAGUCCUUGGUCAGAAAGACACGGAAAGCGACUUAAAACAACUGGGGUUUGACAGGCACGGUCGAUCACAACAAGAAAAGUCAAUAUUAGUGGUUUAUACGCGGUCCCGGAAGAGGGAGAAUUUGUUCAAUGAGAUGAAAGAAAAGAUAAAGUCUCGGGGCUCUCAUAGGUCCAAAGAAGACAUUGGUCUUCAGUUUAAAACAAGACGCAGACGGAGAACGACGCUAAAUAACCGUCAUGGGAAAAGACACGGCAAAAAGUCAAAAUCUAGAUGCAGCAAAAAGGCGUUGCAUGUAAAUUUCAAGGAGCUUGGAUGGGACGACUGGAUCAUUGCUCCUCUGGAUUAUGAAGCCUACCACUGCGAGGGUGUAUGUGAUUUUCCAUUAAGAUCGCACCUGGAGCCAACAAACCAUGCCAUCAUUCAAACUCUUAUGAAUUCUAUGGAUCCAAACAGUACACCACCCAGCUGUUGCGUCCCCACAAAAUUAAGUCCAAUUAGUAUACUUUAUAUCGACUCCGGUAAUAAUGUUGUUUACAAACAAUAUGAAGACAUGGUAGUAGAACAAUGUGGCUGUAGGUAGCGACCCUUUUAAAGCAAAAAUAUAGUAACUUUAAGAGAAGCUACCCGAAUAACUCGAAUUUGUGUCCAAAAUGAAGUCAGUUAAAUUUUCUGUAAAACGACAGACAUUUCAAACCAUCACAACGAUGUUAAUUCAGAAACAAAAAAUAACUGUUAAUAAUCUUGUACGAUAAAUUGUAGUCAUGCUCAUGAUGUCAGUAUAAGCUCUAAACUAUGAACAGAUAGCAACAACCAUAUUUAUGCAAGUAGCCCGUUUUCAGUAAUCAAAUGGAUGGUUUUUAAGACAUUCCGUUUUUAAUAGGCUAAUAUUGUUAUCUCUCUCAUAGCUUGGUCUAUACCUAAACAAUUUUACAUUAUCCACGUAUCCUAACGCGCAAAACAUCUUAAAUUGGGAAUUUCUUGUCUCUAGGCUAGUAACAUAACAAAAGCUAGAUUUUGUGCGUAACCGUCUCGACAGGAUUGACUGAGGAUUUUGUUACACCAUUAUCUAUGUAGACUCAAAAGAAUGGGGCGAUGGGCACCUGUUCAAACGCAAGACAGAAAACGGAUGACUCUUGCUCAUUGGUUGCGCCUCCCUGCUAUGUUAAAGGGCGUAGUUAUCUGGUAGUGCGUCUCUUUGACCAGUUCUAGGUAGCGCUUUAUCAUGGUCAGCAAUGCGUUAUCAAGACAUUUUUCCUGUAACGGUGAAUGUAAUUUACCAAUUUUAAUUACCAAACACAGAAUGACGUCUGAAAAGCAACAUUUUUGUGUCUAUACUGAACUCCUUAUUUGUCUGUUUGUGAGAACCUCUGUCCCAACUCGAUCGAAAGAGAGAGAGCUAGAUAGAUAGAGAGAGAGAGAGAGAGAGAGAGAGAGAGAGAGAGAGAGAGAGAGAGAGAGAGAGUCUGAGAGUCUGAGAGUUUCUUUAAAAGGACAAUGUACCAGCGACUGAUUAUGGAAAAUACACUUGAGUGAAUUUUAUAUCACAGUGCCUGGACAUUUGACUUAUGAGUCACAGUGCCUGCUAAAAAGGUCCACAGAAACUUAAGUUGGACUCUGAAGAGGCGUAUAUGAGCAAAAAGACUAAGAUGAAAAAAGAAUAUACAUCGUCGCUAAAUCUUCACAAAAUGCACUUCACAGCAAUUGACUGUCCAAGUUCAUGUAGUCAGGAGGCUUUUCCCGACCUAUCGACUGUUGAGGAAAAAAGACUCGUAAGCGAGAUUAUAUUUAAAUGCACAUUAGCUUCGAAUGCACUGUUGUUCAUUAUUUGAGCUGUAAAUAUUUGUAUAGUUAAAACUCUAAAAGUGCAAGGAAUUGAGAAAUGAGCAGCCACAUUUCUUUGUAAAUAUACAUUUUAAAUGCACUCAAAUCGGUAUAAUUUUUAUUCUAUUAUUUUAUUAUUUGUGAUGUACAGAGGUUCAACAUAAUCGUGUGUUUCUUACAUUGAUAAAAAUUAAUUUAAAAUGUAUUCAAUACUUGCUGAGGGUGGAAAUACCAAUAUCAGUGUCUACCUCAUUAUUGCAUAGGAUUUAAGUUUUGAGGUGCAUUUUGAGUUUUUCCCAAUUCUAUAUACAAUAUAUCAAUGGAUAAUAAUGCACACUAUUACUGUACUAAUAAAAUGAAAAAUACA